CUAUCUUGAGCUUUAGGCUAGCAAAGUUUGUUUACUACACAGAGUUAUCGCGCUUGCUAACUUCCUUUUCCGGUCACUAUAAGCUGAAAAAUGACCACUAAAAAUAAGAAAACAAGAAAGCUUCGUGGCCACGUUAGCCACGGACAUGGUCGCGUCGGGAAACACAGAAAGCACCCUGGUGGUCGUGGUAAUGCUGGUGGUCAGCAUCAUCACAGAAUAAACUUUGAUAAAUACCAUCCAGGUUAUUUUGGUAAAGUUGGUAUGAGAUAUUUUCACAAGACCAACAAUAAAUUCUUCUGCCCUUCUAUCAACUUGGAUAAAGUUUGGUCACUUUUGAGUGAGCAGUCCAGAGCUAAAUAUCUUGAUACCCCUACUGAAAAAGCUCCAGUUAUUGAUGUUGGACAGGCUGGCUAUUACAAAGUAUUAGGUAAAGGCCAUCUUCCCAAAAGACCUGUCAUUAUCAAGGCAAAGUUCUUCAGUAAAGUUGCAGAGAAAAGAAUUAAAGAAGUUGGUGGUGCUUGUGUGCUUACUUCAUAGUUAACAAUAAACUGCAAACUUUU